CGACAGCGAGAGGGCCGAGGAGAAGGCCUGCGAGGGGGCUCGCUCCACUACACAACACUGUACAUGCAUUUGGACGCUUUCUUGACCACAUGCAUUCAUUCACAACGUAGGAAUCGGCCGAAUGCACCUGGUCCCAAAAGCGUCCAAAUGGAUGUACACUGUUGUGUAGUGGAGCGAAGCCCAUAGCUACUGAUGAGAGCAACCAAGGUUUUCUGGCUGCCAUAGCCAGUGAGGAGGGCGAUCUUGGCUCGGCGCGGCCUGGGCAUGGCCGAUGUGGAUGCCCAUUCCACUGUUGAUGUCUUGCGGCGGUUAUCUGGUUUCACACAGCUCGCACUUGCACUUUUUUUGCACUUUUUUUGCCCCGCAAUCACGGUCGGAGACAGUCAGAAAGAAAUUGAAGAAAAAAAAGAAAAAGAAAGAAAGAAAGAAAGAGUCCCGGCAGUGCGAGUGUCCUUCCUUCCUUCCUUCCUUUCGUACGGGUACUACGUCGAUCGAUAAAAAAGCGAUGGCGUAGGGAGGGCGGCGUUGGCGGCGCGGCAAGGCUUGCGGCGUAUUUUCCCACUGACUGACACUUUUUUUAUCGUAAUCCACCCGCGUCUACGGUCAGGUACAUCCAGGGAAAAGAGUCGCGGCCUGAGUAACCAAGCGCCCCCCCAUUUUGCCUUGGUUUUGACGAGCCGCGGGUUGGCUUGUGGAAUUCGUCGCCGCUGUUGGCUGUGCAGCCACGUGUCAAUCUCGUCUACGUGUCAAUCUCGUCCACGUGGGGGACAGCCCAUCCUCAUUUUACCAUUUUAUGGUAGUAAUAAUGGCGGCGUCAACAGCGAUCAAUCAGCCAGCGCGAGUAGUCGCGAGCCACGUGUCAAUCUCGUCGUCCACGUCAGCGACAGCUCAUCAUCAUCAUGCUCGCCCACUCGUUAUGCGCAAAAUGGGCUCGGCGUUGAAAUGGGCUUCUCCUUCUCCUUCUCCUCCUGAGCAGUACGUUUUGUCGCGACGUGCUUCUUCUCUGAAUUCUUCUUCUUCUUCUUCUUCUUCUUCUUCUUCUUCUUCCCACUGGAGAGGGAUCCCGACGUGUUCCGGGAACGUGAGAGCGAGGCAUGGCUCGCGGCUCUGUGCUUCGUCGCAUUGGAGAGGGAUCCCGACGGUCCAUCUGAGAAGAGAUGAGGAAGGUGUGUUGUUGUGUUCGCUGACUGACUGUCGUCGGUCACCGAUAGGAUGCGAUCCCUGCGCUGUGCUUUGUCCCACUAGAAAGGGAUCCCGACGGUCCACGUGCAUUAGCUCUUUGGUGAAGUGCGCGGCCGCCUCCAGCUGCUUGUCGUUCACCUAUCCUCGUUUCUCACGGCGCCGACCCUUCCAUAGGGAUCCCGACGGUUACCUUCACCAUGAUGGCCGUCAGAUGCGAUCUCCGGGCCGAUCGCGGCUACUAGUUCGCGCCGCCGCCGCCGCCGCCGCCGCCGCCGCCGCCGCCGCCGCCGCGGGGAAAAAGUCGUCGGAAAGGAGUAAACGAGGAGGAGGAGGAGGAGGAGGAGGAACUGGCAAAGGCUUUGGAUCGAAAGGGCAAAUAAAGGUCUCACCAGUGGAUAGCGCCGCCUUGUUGAGAAGAUCAGAAGAGCGGUAUCGGGAGAUACUGGCAUCUCCGUUGUAUGAAGAGGGAGAGGUUCGGGAGUUUGUUGUCUGUGCGCGGUUCAAGAAAGAUGAGACGAGAGGAGGUGUUUCUGUGAGCAAACAAUCUCCUUCACAAGACCGUCUAGAUGAUUGGCUUCCAAUUGCUGAGCUGGCGCUAGUCUCUGACGAAGAAGCGGCAGUCGCAGUGCCAAAGGUUUUGCCCUUUCUUUGCAGAGAGCUUGCUGAAUGUGUCGGCAAAGGAUGCCCAUCUCUCCGCAAUAUCCCAAGAGACAGGCUGGAGUAUGCUUUUGAAUCAGCAGACGAGUUCUAUAGACAUGUGAUGGAAGAUGUGGGUGGCUCUUCUUGGGAGGAAUCCAUUUCUGCUGAGGUAGAGGAGAAUCCUUAUGAAGUACUAGGGCUUGGGAAGAAUGCUUCACAGGAACAGGUGAAGGCGGCAUAUCGUGCAUUGGCAGCCGCUCAUCACCCGGAUAGAAAUCUAGGUGGAGAACAGGCACUCGCAGAAGAGAGAUUUAAACGGGUAACAAAAGCUUACCAGAAGCUGAAGAGGUUACAGCAGCCAAGCGGCCAGGAGAGUAUGCUCGAUUCAGUAUCCUUGUACGAGACAUUAGGUGGACACUCGCGAUCAGGUCUCAGCAAUGCUAUAGAGGUGACCAGUGUGGCAAAGGAUGGAGAAAUUCCCUCGUCGAUAAUUGCUUCCGUUCGGCGAUUGGAUGCAGACAUUACUGCAAGUGUUGUCAUGGCCAUGCGGACCAGAGCCAGUUCUAACAGGGCUUCCGUGGCAAGGUGAGGAAUGAACAUUUCAUUGUCCAUUUGUAAGAGAUCAAUGUUCAACAGUUUGAGCUAGUUGGAGCUUAGCUAGCAGUUUUGUGCCCAAUGCCUUCCCCAUUCAGGUAUUACCUACUCAAAGAUGGAUCGGCAGGUCACAUGGCACCCACUGGAUCAGGGUCUUGUGCACUGUCUGGUUCAACAUUGAUGGAUUAAGAACUCUACAGCUUUUAGGUCUUUAGAAGCUUAGACCCAACAUGUAGACUCAUUAGCGCUCCUUAGCGUUUCCUUGGUAGAAGGUGAGUGGUAUCUUUCUUUCCUUCCUAUCAUCGCGAGCAAUUGCUGCAGAUAAGUGCACCAACUGCAAAGGGAAAGGAUGCGGCAACUUAGUUAGCAGAAAGGAGAGAGAUGUCCUUAAAAGCUGAGGUGAACGGAGGCAGUCACAGCUGAAGUGCGGAGGAAAUGACUGUGGGUGGUGGGGACCUAUGACGCGUAAAGUAGAGAGAGGAAAAACAGGAGGUGAAUGGAGGCAAUCACCACAGUAACUCUGUGAUAAGGACUGGGGAACACCUGUAAAGUUUGGUAAAUGGGAAUUAGCUGCUGCAAACGGAGACCAACCGUAUCUACAGCAGUUGCAAAAGAGCAGGGCUCAUACACUGGGAAGACGGGAUGUGGGGGGUUCUAUGAAGGAAAGGCGAGAGAGGAAGACAUCAUUAACUUGUUGAAUCGAGUCUACAAGCUUUUAAGGUGCAUCGUCCUCUCUUUCCCACUGCCUUCACACCUUCUUAUAGUGAGUGGAUCCCCGCUUUCCAGGUCGGAUUCCUCAAAUGC